GCCUGUCAGCGGCCGAGCAAGGCUUUGCCUCACUCGCCUGCAGCUCCGGGCCCUCAGCAGCACGAGAGGUUGUGGUGCGGCAGGAUGAGUGCAGGUUCCGACCCCGUGGUGAUCGUCUCGGCGGCGCGGACCGUUAUAGGCUCCUUCAAUGGUGCCUUGUCCACCGUCCCUGUCCACGACCUGGGCUCAACGGUCAUCAAAGAAGUCCUGAAGAGGGCCGCUGUGGCUCCCGAAGAGGUGUCAGAGGUCAUAUUUGGACACGUUUUGACAGCAGGUUGUGGGCAGAAUCCCGUUCGACAAGCCAGUAUGGGUGCAGGAAUCCCUUACUCUGUUCCAGCGUGGGGCUGCCAGAUGGUCUGUGGGUCAGGCCUCAAAGCCGUAUGCCUUGCAGCCCAGUCAAUAGGGACAGGAGACUCUAAUAUUGUGGUUGCAGGAGGCAUGGAAAGCAUGAGCAAGGCUCCUCACUUGGUUCAUUUGAGGGCAGGAGUCAAGAUGGGGGAAAUGCCACUGAUGGACAGCAUACUCUGUGACGGGCUUACCGAUGCAUUUCACAACUACCAUAUGGGCAUUACGGCUGAAAAUGUAGCCAAAAAAUGGCAAGUGAGUAGAGAAGAUCAGGACAAGUUUGCAGUUUUGUCCCAGAACAGGACAGAGAGUGCACAGAAAGCUGGCUAUUUUGACAAAGAGAUUAUACCAGUUUUUGUGUCUUCUAGAAAAGGUCUUACUGAAGUGAAAACAGAUGAGUUUCCUCGCCAUGGGACCAACAUAGAAGCCAUAUCUAACUUGAAGCCUUACUUUCUCAAAGAUGGAACAGGAACAGUCACCCCAGCUAAUGCUUCAGGAAUAAAUGAUGGUGCUGCCGCUGUGGUUCUUAUGAAGAAGUCAGAGGCCGACAGUCGAGGGCUUACACCUUUAGCACAGAUAGUUUCCUGGUCACAAGUAGGUGUGGAGCCUUCCAUUAUGGGGACAGGACCAAUUCCGGCGAUAAAGCAAGCUGUUGCAAAAGCAGGUUGGUCAUUGGAGGAUGUGGACAUAUUUGAAAUCAAUGAAGCCUUUGCAGCCCUGUCUGUUGCAGUAGCUAAAGAACUUGGAUUAAACCCAGAGAAGGUCAACAUCCAAGGAGGGGCGAUAGCCUUGGGCCACCCUCUUGGAGCAUCUGGCUGUCGGAUUCUUGUUACCCUGUUACACACAAUGGAGCGAAAGGGUGGACAUCGUGGUGUGGCUGCCCUAUGCAUUGGGGGUGGGAUGGGAAUAGCAAUGUGUGUUCAGAGAGGAUGAAAUUGCUUAAUGAAUCAUGCCGAAACUAAACUGAAACCUCAUCUCUUCUUACGCUAACAAGGUACUAAAUUGUAAUAUGUGAAAUCAGAGGACCAAAGUGAGGAUGGAAACCAUCUUUCGUAAGAACCCAAGGCUUGACAGCUUGUUAUUUUUAUUAAUGUGUAAUACUCAAGAUACAAGAUAACUGCGUCUAACAUUGUUAUAAAUAAAAGAGAAAUGAGAUCAGUCAUCAAGGGCUCCCGAGUGAACGGCAUCUUCAUAACCUCCAUGCUUAUCAUCUUUGCUUUCCGGGUGUAAUUUGAUAAGAUCAUCAAUUCGAAGAAUGGUAAUUGCAGCUUCUGUUGCAAAUUUCAAACUCUUAACUUUCACUAUGGUUGGUUCAAAUACUCCUGCUUGUUUGUUGUCUCGGGGUUUACCAUUGACCAAAUCAAGACCAAUCCUGCAAAAACAAAACAAAACAAAAAAAAAACCAACCAAAAAACCAUUAAGUGAUUUCUUACAUAAUGCACACCUAUCCCAUCUCAUCUCUUUAAGAGAUGAAUGGCUUCACCAUUCAAAUGUUAAUCUUGGGAAAUGUAGGGACCUCAGGAUAGAUCCCUUAAGACUACAGUAGUUGACUGUAAGUAACAAAAUAAGUACCGAGUCAUAGAAAAGCUUAGAUAGAUACUGGGCUCCCAACAUCAUUCAGUAUCUUAAACAGGGGCUCCUCAAGAAGAUACGGAUGACCCAAAAAUAAUCCCCCGGCCUCUGUGGGACCUUUGUGCAGGUGUAGUGACUGUCCAGAGAAGCAGGGAGAGGCUGGGACUCUGAGCUGCUAACUAAAAUACACCAAUGCUAAUCACUAGUCAUCAUCUUUUAUCGGUUUAAAACAAAGCUAAAGUGCCAUACACGAUACACAGAUGACUGUGAAAAAGGGAAAUUGUAUGCUUACCAUUUUAGAUUUUUGCGUUCUGGGUUGACUUGAGCCUCAUUAUGGAAAGCUCUUAACUUUGCAACCAGAUCUGUGGAGUCCUGGGCAGCAUUCACGGCCAGUGUGUUAGGAAUAACAAGAAGAGACCUUGCAAACUCCGCAAUAGCAAGCUGCUCCCGAGACCCCUGAGAAGAAAGACAGCGAAGGGUCUUAAAACCCACAGCGGCAGCAGAGGACCGAGAAGAGUAUAUGUACUUUUGAACGUUUAUCUUAUUUUAAAAGAGAAAGCGUGCGCUACCUGGGGAGGGGCAGAGCGAGUGAGAGAACCCCAAGCCGGCUUCGGGAGUCAACACAGAGCCCGAGGCAGCGCUCGUUUCCACAAGUUGGGAGAUCAUGACCUGAGCUAAAAUCUACAUGCCAACGCUCCACGGACCAAGCCACCCAGGGGCCCCAUCAGGGAAGGUACAUCCACAAAAAGCCAAAGAUGGUGCCCCCCAUGCCCUUCUUGAAAAGAAAGCACAAUUCUACGUGUUCUCACCAUGCUGGUUGCGUAGUUUUCGAGGUAUAUGGAAAGUGCCGCUUCUACAGCACCUCCGCCAGGAACCACAGAUUUGGACUCCAAGACUCUCUUCACCACACAAAGAGCAUCGUGUAAAGAGCGCUCCAUCUCAUCGCACAUGAAAUCAUUCGCCCCACGUAAGAUAACUGAUGCAGACGUACGAGCCUUAGUGCUAUUUAAAAAAGUAAAGUGAAAUUCUUAAUAUAUUUUCAUAGACGUCUACAAAGAAACCCACCGUAAGCACCUCGACUGGAAAUCCUGCUCACGUGGUUCACCCAGACACAGAGGCAGUGUCUGGACCGCGCAGAAGAGAUGAAAUGGUUACUCCAUCUCGUGGUAGCGCACAGCCUACUAUUGUUCUCUCCCACGCGUAUAACUGCUCUGAUCACUGAAAGACUAGAGCAGCAAAUCAAUGGGAAGGCGAUCCGUUCCCUUACUAAUAAAACCCGUGCAGCUCGAUUGA